AUGUCGCGAGACGCUCGCACCGAGACUCGUCCCCACAACCAAGCACACUUACUCAGACUUCCGCAGAUUCUCUCCAAGCUCCCUCUCGCCCUUUCAGACCCCACAAUGGACUUGGCCGAAGAGCCGCCCCUGGUGACUCCCGACGCCGAACGCCCCGAUGCCUCGAUAGACGUUGCCCACUCGCUCGAAUACUGGAACAGCGUCUCGCCAGACGUCAAUGGCAUGCUGGGCGGCUUUCCUCAAACCUCGCGCAUCGACCUGCAGGGUUCUUCCAACUUCCUGACCAAAUUGCGCCGUGGCAAAUCCCAGGCCUCAAAAGAACCCCUGCAGCCUCUGCAACGUGUAGUAGACUGCGGUGCGGGUAUCGGACGAAUAACAAAGGGCCUGCUGCUGGGUGUGAGCAACAAGGUGGACAUCGUAGAGCCGGUGAAGAAGUUCACAGACGAGUUGGUGCAGAGCCUCGGAAACGGAGAAUACGCCGGUGACGGAGAGAGCAAAGAUGGAAAGGGCCAGGUGGGCGACGUCAUAAACCUAGGCUUGCAGGACUGGAUACCUGAGCCCGGCGCGUACGACGUGAUUUGGAACCAGUGGUGUGUGGGACACUUGACCGACGCCCAACUCGUUGUCUACCUACGCCGUUGUAGCGAGGGCUUGAAGAAGGCGGCCCAAGGAGAUGCGACAAGCAAGAGCUGGGUCGUAGUCAAGGAGAACAUGUCUACCGACAUCCACCACAAGGACAUCUACGACGAUGAGGACUCGAGCGUCACGCGGUCAGACAAAAAGUUCAGAGCCUUGUUCCAAGAGGCGGGGCUGAAGAUUGUAGCAACGGAGCAACAAAGAGGAAUGCCCAGGGAACUAUUCCCCGUUAGGAUGUACGCACUCAGACCCGAGUAG